GCAGCAAUGUACUCCGGAGGCUCUGUGUUAGGAGAAGAAGAAAAAGAGAGCGGUCGUCGAGGCUUUCGUCAUACGGAAGUAGAAGUAGUUUUGUAGGCUGUAACGGUAUAUCAAACAGUACUACACACAGAAGGCCUACUGUGUACAUAUACAGUCUAUACGACAGGCGCGCUCGAGACAGAUGUGCUCGUGUCCUUUCCGAAGCACGUCACUUGAAAUAAAUAUCGCGAGGCACACGGGCUGAGCGACCAAGGACUCUUAACUUUCAAAAGCGUUAGGUGGAAAUUAAAAGAAGCACUGGUAGUUUUAUAAUGAACUCCACUUUGAAGCACUGGAAGGAGGCAGCCACUCUUAUUUUAGCCGCCGGUCACAGGCUCGGCGCGGACACUUUAUCGUCAAGGACACGACUGACAGCUGCUGCAGGUUCACAGCAGGGCGGCAGCUGCGGACGGGAACACCUGCCGCACAAGUCCUGCUUUGAUUACGACGUUUUACUGCUUAAACGCAGUAACAAAAGUGGAUUCAUGCCCAAUGCGUAUGUGUUUCCCGGCGGAAAGGUGCACUCCUCGGACUUUUCCAGUGAAUGGCUUGACCUUUUCAAAUCUUUCAAGAACUCUCCUAAUUUUGGUUUGGGAAAUGUCACCCAGUCUUCGGAGACUAGACCUCCGAUAUUCGCCACCGACAGAUUAAAACUAGGUUCUCCUAUCCCGGGUGAGGUCGCCUUCAGGAUCUGCGCCUUGAGGGAGACGUUUGAGGAGUCCGGUGUGCUCCUGGUUGUGCCUAAACUGGAGGAGAAAAGUUUGUUAAAAAGCAUAGAGGACGGGUGUGUCACUUCUCAAGGACUACAUUGCAAAGAAAACGACCUGUGCCCUAGUGAACUCGCCAAGUGGAGGGCUCUGGUAAACGAGAAUCCCUCCAACUUCAUCAGGAUGUGCAGAGAGUUGGAGGUGUUGCCCAACAUCUGGGCUUUACAUGAGUGGUGCAACUGGCUGACUCCCACAGGCCGAUACGGUGUGACGAGGUUUGAUACAGUUUUCUUCAUCUGCUGCCUGCAGGAGAUCCCACACACACUGCAAGAUGAAAAGGAAAUAGUGCAUUUUCAGUGGUCCACACCCUCAGAGGUCCUCCAGAGCAACUACGAACGGGAGUUGUGGAUCGCCCCUCCACAGUUCUAUGAGCUCAGUCGCUUGUGCCGUGUCCCUUUGCUGAAUGACCUCCACAACUUCUGCAGCAAGCGUGCCACAGAGGGCUGUGAACAGUGGCUGCCUGUAGUUUCCUUAAAUGAUAAAGAGUACAUAUCACUGCUGCCAGGUGACAAACACUACCCGUUGGACACUUCAGGAGAGGCUGAGGUGGCUACAAGCACAGACCCUCAGCUGGAGGACGACGAUUCUGCACUGCACCGCAUUGUGUCCGUAGAUCAGUUCCCUCCAACUCUACAGAUCACCAUCCCGCCCAAGUACAACCAUCUGCUCCCUGUGGUAGAACAACUGUCAAAGAGUCGGUCCUUGACUUUCCCUUUCUGCUGAACAAGUCCCACAACACCUCUCUGCACGUGCAAUGAAGCAAGACUAAUUUACUUCCACCCUGGCAUUUUAUUCACCCACCUUUUGUUCAAUAAAGGUGAUUAAAAGGGGGAACAUGGAUUUGUUUUGGUAGAUAUGGAAGAAAGCUCCAGGGUGUUUGCUGUCAAAACUUUUACUAUGCUAAUGCAAACUCUCACUGUGUAAUAACAAGUCCGCUGUGCACUGGAGGUUUCAGGGUUUUUUGUCAUUUGCAUAUUAGGCUUUGUGACAUGCACAGCUUCCCCGUGGUACCUUUAAAUCUCACGUUUUAGAGAAGUGCACAUCUCCAGCAGAGGAAUGUGAAAACACAACACACUUUGCACAGAUACAAGUCAGUACAGUCAAGGUCAGAGACACAUGAGGAAGGGAUCUUUAAGAAUCAAGUUCUACGUUAAAAUAACUGCUUAAUAGUUUUCUUAAAGUCCUGACCAGACUUUUACGUUUUCAUUUGCUCCACACGAUGAAGUAAAUUAUCCUUUUGCCUUUUCGUUUUGAACCAAGUUUAGCUUGUAACCAUAGAAACAGGCCGACUACUAAAUAUAUCAAACAGACAACACCUGCAGCUAAAAUGUGUGCGUGUGUGUGUGCGUGUGUGUUAUGGUGAUCCCCGCGGGUGUGCAUAUGUCAUUGAUGGAGGCCCAGCAGGGCUUCCUCCCUUUCUCCUUUGGGUGUCUUCCUUGCUCACAGCUGGUCUCCUUCAUGGCGGCAUAUUGAUAACGCAUAAGAAAUAAUCCCUGUCAACUGGAUUGUACCCUGUGUUUGCCAUUUAUAAAUAAAUGUAGUAUUAAAAGAGA